AUGCUUCCGAGCCAGCUCUCGGGCGUCUAUCGCCAGUACAAGGAAGACACCGAUUCCGUUGCUGCAUGGCUCGCCUCCACAGCCAAGUCAUGCGGCUACCCCGCUGAUCUCCUUGCUUCGCCGGCGUGGGACGCGCCGCAAGCCAAGAGCAGCAGGCUCAAGGGGAAGCAGAGGAAGCAGGCCAAGGCAUCAGGAAAGGCCAAAGCAGUCCCAAAGACCAACAAGUACAUUGUAGCCAUCAGGGACUUCCUCCCCCUGGCAAACUUCAUUGCCGGCCGAACCAACCCCUCCGUGGCGGUGCCCGCCGUCUUCUCCCAGACCCUCAAUCGAGUCAUCACGCUCAGAGCUGGAUAUGGCCAGAUGCGAACUGAAUCAGGCGCGGAGCCAGACUCUAAGGGGGACGAAAAGCACGGCUAUUUUGUCGGCGUCCUCCAGGCUGUACGAGACAGUCUGCGACCACGUAUGACCCCCGAAGAGGCAGCCGCAUCGGCCGACAAGGGUUCGCCUUCCCCCAGCGCCUCACCCUUCCAGACGACGGCCGAGGAUCUCGGUAACAAAUUCGCAGCUCUGAAUGUGGACGAUCCUUCUCAAGCGUUCAUCGACGAUUUCGUCAACACACCGAUCAAGCGACCCAAGGCGCAAGAACAAGACCCGGUUGCCUACGCUGCUGAAGAGCAAGUCUCUCUCGAGGAGAUGCUCUUCUCCUUGACUCUGUUGAUGAAUGACCUCAUGAAGAUCCGCUCGCGCAUUGAGUGGAUUUGGAGCAACCACCGAGACGGCUUCUUUGACCUGGGUGCUGCCGCUGUCGCGACCAAUGUUGCAGUUGCCCUAGCCCGUGGCAUGAUUGAUGAGGUUGAACCAAUGCUCAACCUUUACGAGGGAGGAGCCUAUGGUCUCCUCAAUAAAUUCUUUCUCAUCCUUGGCUUCAGGAAAGGAUACACCCUCGAUGAACUGGUUCUCGACGGCGACGACAAUUUCCCGUACGACCUAUAUGAGCUAACUAACGAGGCGUACCUAGUCGCCUAUCGACUCCUAAUUAGCUGCGCGGAUGUGCUCCAGCCCAGCCAGCUGCCCCUGAUCAAGGAGGGCCUUUUCGGUCACUAUGACGCCAAGAGUGACCGCACCAAGAAGUCGGGUCGCCAAAAGUUUCUCGAGGACCAAAUUAUCAUCAUGGAGCUGUUCACCGAGUUCAUCACGGUUAUCCGUUGCGUGCCUGGCUACCCAGUCGAAGACGAGGUUCUCCGUGGGAUGCGGGUCCUGGAAAAGACCAAGACGGUUCCGUUUUCUCUAGUCUUCGCAGUCCAGAUCCUGCUCGACAUCAACCACACAAUGAGAGACGCCGCCCGGAGUAGUUUCAACAUCAUGGUCCAGCAAACAUCGGCCGUAGAGACACACCUUAAGUCGUACCUCGAGUACCACAAAAACCUCCGCAUCGACAAUUGGCCUGCUUCCAACGACAUGGGGCUAAAGCAGCUUAUCCAGAGGAUCCAGUGGAUGGGCUCUGACCCUAUUCACAAGGUCAAGUCCAAGGUCAUGAAAAGCAUGGGUGUGCCAGUUUCGCCACAGAUGGAACUUCACCGUAUCCUGAUCUACUCACCCGUCCUCGCUGGCCUGUACCUCUACCGCACCCGGUAUGACAUGUGGGAUGCCGGAAUCGCAAUUUCCAAUGCCUGGGGAUCAAUCACCUAUACAGCCCAUCUCUACAACGCUCUUCGACAUCAGAACCUCCUGCAGGGUUUGUGGCCCGACAUGGACCUCACCUUGUCUCUACUUGGAGAAUCCAGUGUUUGGGUCGGCGACGAGAGACCGAUUGGGAUCGGCGACUGCUUCAAGAAGUUUUGCCUGCAGAUGGGCGUCACAGCCUCUGCCUUUACAACCAACCGCCGCAAGAAGAUCGGCACUCUCCAUUCCCGGGCAGGACCGCGAGGUAUCAAGGACGGCUGCCCCGUGUCUUCAAAGUUCACGGCCGAAUUCAUCUCCAGUCAUGAGUCCGAACUGAACUGGACCCCAGAAAUGGUCCAAGACAUUCUUGCGCGAAGCAGAUCCCUCGUGGAGGAGCCCAGCGACAAUCGACUAAUCAUGUCCCAGCUCGACGCCCCCGUGAAAGGCAAGGGCAAAGGCCAGCAAAAGGACAAGAACGAUAUGCCAACGGCAGAGGAGUUGGUCAAGGCCCUCAUUCUUGCUCUGCACUUUGAGUCUCUGGAGAUGGCCUUCCCCUACACGCUGAUGCAUCGCUGGUGCUGGAACCUCCUCCGGCAAGUCAAGAACGAAUGCGAUCCGCUGCUCCGCGAGCUGUACACGCCCGCGUACAUGGAACGGGAGAACCAGCUGCCGUGGAUAAUCGGGUAUAUCCUGAUGGCGGCGAGUGGGAUCGACGGAGGUGUUCAGGACGGGAGACUCUUAAAGGCAGCUGCUGAUGUGUUUAACGUCAUGACGGAAACGGAGGCGGGCAUGGUUUCUAUUGUCGUGAUGAAGAAGCUGGGCUUUGAUAUCGGUUUUGAGGCUGAAGAGCCUGAAACUGAGAAUCAGUAG